UUAAUGUUAAAAAGAAUGAGGUCGCAUAAUAAAAAAAUGUCAUAAAGUGUAAAUAGUGAAGAGUAUGUUUGUUUGAAAAUUGAAAAAAGCAAAACGUACGACGGUUUGGUACGAAUAAAAUCAAAAUAGUUCACGGGACUGAUCAGCAAUUAUAAUUAUUAUGUCUACAACCGAAGAAGAAACAAUAAUAGCACCGUGGGUUGGACCUACGUGUUGUAGGAACAGCUUAACUGUAAUCGUUUUAUCAUCGAGUGUUGAUAUUAUUGAAAAAGUAGCUGAAGCACUUGCCGAAGUUCAUGCUAAGGGAAAUUUUAGAUGGAAACUAAUAAUACUGCGAUCAUUUCAGUUGGAGGAGGUAGUUAAGCAGUCUUAUUUAACCGGCAAAAUAGCUAUUGACUUCGUUGUGCUGGCUAUUGAUACAAGUAGAAUAUUUUGUUUAGAAUGGACAAAGAAAGUUUUUGAUCAGGUUCACCCUGACUUGCAGACCCGAAGAACAAUUCUCGUCAACGCUAGUGGGCUACCGGCUAACAGUAUGGCUGUGAGUGCUGGUGAUUUGAUUAGUUUUCACUCUGAGCUCAAAUUGGAUUUGUUGUCAGCAAAUGUGUACAAGACUGAAGAAGCUACUUUUCUUGCACGAAGGAUAAUUAAAUACAUGGAAGUAUCUCUAGGUCUUAAUACGGGAAUUCCAAACCUAAAUGUAUAAUGAUUGUGUAACAUUGUUGUUCUGUCCAUAAGUUUUGAUAAUUGGAAUUAAAAUUUUAAUUAAU